UGACGCUCGCGCUCCUGGUUCGGUAGAAUACCUUGAGCUGAGUCUGCAGAGCUUGUGUGUGUGUGAGUGUGUGUGUGAAUGCGUGUGUCCGGAGUUGGUUGGGCUUGGAGCUAUGGAAACGGACGCGAGUCAAGUCACCUCUGGAAGCCCCAACGAUUCGCAAAACGACCCGGGUAAAAUGUUUAUUGGUGGCCUCAGCUGGCAAACCUCACCAGACAGCCUUAGAGAAUAUUUCAGUAAAUUCGGGGAGAUCAGAGAAUGUAUGGUGAUGCGCGACCCCACCACCAAACGCUCCAGAGGGUUUGGCUUCAUCACGUUUGCAGAUGUUUCCAGUGUAGAUAAAGUCUUGGCUCAACCACAGCACGAAUUAGACUCCAAGAUGAUUGAUCCUAAGGUUGCCUUUCCUCGGCGUGCCCAACCUAAGAUGGUCACAAGAACAAAGAAAAUAUUUGUGGGUGGAUUAGCAGCGAGCACAGUUGUUGAAGACGUGAAACAGUAUUUUGAACAGUUUGGAAAGGUAGAAGAUGCCAUGUUAAUGUUCGACAAAACUACAAACAGACAUAGAGGCUUUGGCUUUGUAACGUUUGAGAAUGAAGAAAUUGUCGAGAAAGUCUGUGAAAUUCAUUUUCAUGAAAUCAAUAAUAAAAUGGUAGAAUGUAAGAAGGCCCAGCCGAAAGAAGUGAUGUUUCCUCCUGGAACGAGGGGGAGGGCGAGAAGUCUUCCUUACACCAUGGACGCCUUCAUGCUGGGCAUGGGCAUGCUGAGUUACCCUAACAUUGUGGCAACGUACGGUCGAGGAUACGCAGGUUUUUCUCCUAGCUACAGCUACCAGUUUCCAGGUUUCCCAGCAACAGCGUACGGACCCGUGGCAGCAGCAGCAGUGGCAGCGGCACGAGGUUCAGGGUUCCCCGAUUACGACUUUUAUUCUGGGCCCGGUGACCAGCGGGGAGCUCCCUGCUCCUUUGCCGACUAUGCCACCUUGGGGCCCCAUACAGGUCAGAUGUUGCAAAGCGAGCACGUCACCUCUACCUGCAACUCACCCUCCCAGCACCACCCAAGCCCGGACCACUUUAAGAGCUCAGGUGCUAACCCUCCUCGGCCUGGAGGUUUUCCCGGUGCCAACAGUCCUGGACCUGUGGUAGACCUGUACGGCCCCAGCAGUCAGGACUCAGCUGUGGGAAAUUACAUCAGUGCUGCCAGCCCCCAGCCGGGCUCUGGGUUCAAUCAUAGUAUUGCGGGCCCUUUGAUCGCCACAGCAUUUACAAAUGGAUACCACUGAACGCUAACCGGAGGUGCAGCACCAUCUCAUUGGAGUUUGUCAGGAGGCCCUGGGAAAAUGGCCGGAGUCUCUGAUAGGUUUGUGUACAGUUGAUGUCAUAAGACUUCAAGCACUACAAGCUCUGAUUGGUGAAAAGAGACAAAGGGAUGGAACCAAAUAAAUAAGAAGGAAAACUCAAGAUCAUCUGAGAAAACAUCACCCUGCUGUUACCGUAAUCCCACCCUCCUGUCACUGAAGGACUCCUUCCCAUUUCUCAUUCUUUUUUUCUUUCUGUACGCUUUUUGAAAUUUCUUUAGAUUUUAGUUGAGAAAAAUACUUUGAUGAGUGAAGCAAUUCUUUUGUUCAGUUGCGAUUAUUUUAGGAUUCUUUUAUGAGUCAAAAGUGGUUUUGUUGUGCAUUUUUAGUUCAAAUUGUUUGCAAAUCUUGUUGGAUUCACUUUCAGUGCCAGUUGAUUUGAGAAGCAGAUUUAACAUGAUCAUUUUUUGCACCCACAUGGACAGACACAGCUCUGAAAGAAGAAGAAACCAUGCCGUUCAUCCAUAAAAAAAAAAAAAGGAAAAAAAAAGUAGCUUAGUAGCUGUUUUUAAUUCUUGUGAAGUCUCAUUGUUGAUCAUAAUGACCUAUUUUUGGGCAAUACAGAGGGAGAGGACUCCAAUAUUUUUAUGGUCCUUUUUAUAUACCUAUAUACGUAUAUAUAUCGGUGUCGUUGAUGUUGUCGUUUAGGGAAAAAUGGAUACUGUAAACAUUUUUCAAAUGAAAACAUUGUGGUUUCAAAUAUAAAAGAAAAAAAUGUAAAUGUAAAUAUCUUUCACUGCAUAUAACCAGUUCAAACAUAUUUUUCUGAUGGUAUGUCAAAAAAAAUUCAGGUUUCAAAUAAUCAAAGAAAAUUAUGGUAUAAACAGAACUCUGGUAACACAUGAUUUCUCAAUUACUCUAAACACACAAGCUGAAUCAUUUUACAGCCGUAAUACCAGCAUAUACUCACACGUGAUUACAGGACACCACUCACAGCGUCAAAUUUUAUAUUGUUUGCUGUGGAGUUUUAAAAAGAACACUCAUUCAAAGCACACUGUGUAGUGAUCAAUGAAAGGACUUACAUUUUUCUGUGUUCUGCACAUUCUGACACUUUUAUACUCCUGCGAACAAAAAAAAAAAAAGAAACUUGCUAUGUUGUCUGUUGUUGUCAGUGUUGUCUAUUAGAGGAAGUUCCUCUUGAUUUUGGAACCUGUUGUGGACUGUACAUGAACAAAGCAUUUUAUUUCUCUUUUGAGUGAAGGAAACAAACAUUUUUAUGAAUCAUACCUCAGUCCUGUGAGAUUUAAUUUAUUCAGAGAGCAAACAGACAAAAUGUGCAGAUAAGUGUACGAUGAAGCUUUGCACCGUGUUUGUAAGAACGAAGGUUUUCUCUUUGCACAUGCUAGCUGUCAUGAGUGACCUUACGGAGAGCUGACGUACGAAAUAUUGUUUAGUGAAUGUUGCUUUUUAUUUUUUUGCCGCUGGCGUCCAGAACGCAGGUCGAGAAAAAGCAAUCUAUUACUCAUGUGCUCACAUUUCAUUUCUCGGAUAUAGCCAACCUUUUAUCUGAAAUAUUGACAUUUUAAUAUACAGCCAGUUGAAGACACUGAAAAAAUGUUGGCACUGUUGUUCUGAUUUCUUGUAUGAUUAAAAGCUGGUUUAGGUCAAAUGCAUAAAAAAAAAUGCUGAUUUUUAAUGUUAACGAUCUGAUAUGUAUAUUCUGAUGUAAAUGUGUCUUUUUUCCUGCUGCCAAUGUAAACUGUUUUGUUUCAUGAAUUCUGUUUUAUUUGAUGUAGUCUGGUGGUCAGAGGCACACAUGCUAAAUGCUGAAGCCUCUAAAAGAUAUACAGAUCCAGUCGAUUAAUAAUAUUUAAACAAAUGAAAGGAACAAAAGGUCAGAACAGAGGAAAACUAUUGUAAAGUUCAAAUGUAAACAAAAAUGAAAUAAAAAAAAAAAAACAUUAAAAUGUUCUCCGAU